GUGAAUUUGCAGUUGGUAAAUCUAGCUUGGCACUUAGAUUCUCGAAUAAUGAAUUUCAACAGUUUAAUGAUCCUACCAUCGGAGCUACGUUCCUUGUAUAUUCUUGCAAUUUCGAUGAUAGGCGUGUUAAAUUCGAAAUUUGGGAUACUUCUGGUCAAGAAAGAUUCCACUCCCUUGCUCCAAUGUAUUAUCGCAACGCUCAUGCGGUUGUCGUCGUCUACGAU